UCCUCCGGCCGCGCGCCCCGCACCGGCGGGAGGCCCUAGCUCCCCGGCGCGCCCUCUCCGCGCACCUCCUGGCCGGCGCUAGGUGAGCGCGGACGCCCCGGGCGGGGGUGCCUGGGUGUGCGAGCGCGCGGGCAGCCGCGGCACCGCCGGCGGGAGCCGCUCCCAGCGCUGCGCCGAUGCCGCGGGCCGGCGGGCAGGCGAGGCUGGGCAAGGAGCAGGGCUCCGGGCGCGGUGCGGGACGCCGGGCGAGCGUAGGCGGCGGAGUCCGUGCCCGGCUCGCUCCCGCGGCCGGUGCCUCUGGGCGGGGGGCCGGGCUGGGGGCCGGGCCGGGCGGCUGGCGGCUCCGCCCCUUCGCCGGGCCGCCGGCUGAGCGCGCGAGAGCGGCGGCGCGGGGGCGCCCCCCUCGGCCGGGCGCUCGGGUUACAGCCGCCGCUCCCCUGCUCCCCCGCCCGCGCCUCGCCGGUUCGCCCGCGCCGGGAGACAGUGUAACGGAACUGGGACGCCAGCGCUGCAUUGUGGGAGCUUUUAAAGCGGCGGGGAGCGCGGCGCGGCCGCUCGGGCUCUCGGUUCCCCGCCCCAUACCCCCUGGCACGGCCCCCACGCCGCCCGGCCGGUCGCACACCCUCAGCCAGCCGAGGCCCGUGGACCCGAAAGCCAGAAAUGAGAACUCUGGAAAGCAAGCAGCUUCCUCUUCAUGUCCGAACCUGCCACAGGUCUAACAUGACAACCAAGAAGACUGCCUUUUACAUGAUGCAUCUUACAGGCCCAGAACUUUGAUCUUAACAUGGUCAUCCUUCUUAGAACAAAGACAAUGGUAGUCAGGGAGGUGGGUAGUGAUCUUCAGAAUAAAGAAAGGCUACAGAUUUUUCAAUUGCCACCAUGUUUUUGUAACCAUAUACCAUCUGCAUUUUUUUUCUUAGUCUAUUAUAAUAAGCACACUUGAGCCAGUCAAGCACAAACUUUCAUACAGUAAAUGUUUUGAAUGCAGUGGCUAUUAGACCUUGGCUGUUAUUUACUCAUACCUAAUGCAGUUCACCAUGCCUAGAUAAAUAGAGGACAUUCCCCCUGCAACUAUCAGCACAGCCGGUGCCUAGGACAACACACAACAAAUCUGGCUGCAGCUGCCCCAGGAAUCCAAGCCUGAGAUUGGCGAUUUUACACUGAUAUUCUGUUGAAACUUCCUGACUCCCAUGAAGUUAAAAUCUUAGAACAUCUAGAGGAAAGAAAGUAAGUACUUCUAACACAGUGCUGGAAAAGGGGCUAAUAAAUUCUUCAGCAUUAACACCAAAAUCUGAUGCAAAUGAAUUUAAUCUCCA